AUGACGAUAUCAGAGAGGCAAAAUGCUGCAACGUUUCUAGAAUUCACAUCAGUGAAACCAUUCUUUUAUCAACAGGCCAAUUUCAAAUGUUUCUAUUGCAAUGAAGUGUUCCCCGAAAUUCAUUCUGUUUUACAACAUACUGCUUUUCAUGUGACUCCAGAGAGAUGCAAUUUGCUCAAACAAUACCUGAGAAAAGGAAAGAGAGUCAUCAAAGUCGAUAUAUCGGGAUUAAAAUGUAAAAUAUGUGACCAGAAAUAUUCAGAUUUAGAUGAUAUCAGGAAACACUUAGUGUGCGCACAUAAAAAGGAAUUUAAUUCAGCCGGCAAUGGCCUUAUGGCUUACGAUUUAAGUAUAAAUAACGGUCUGUUGUCUUGCCAUAAAUGUAAUAAAACUUUCAAUUCGUUCUUCCUGUUGAACAGGCACAUGAAUGUUCAUUUCAAUGUAGUAUGCGAGACGUGUGGUCUAGGUUUUAUCUCCCAUCAAAGGUUAAUUAAUCAUAGGAUAGUUCACCAAAAUGGUGUGCAUAAAUGCGAAAAAUGCCAAGAGGUUUUUCCUACAAAAUUGAAACUUCGAUACCAUAUCUUUAAGAAGCAUGAGGCAACCAAUGCAAAGAAGGUCAAACCAUUAAAGUGUCCUCAUUGCUUGGAGCGCUUUGCGGAACAUUACAGGAAGAUGACACAUUUGAAAGAAGCCCAUGGUAUAACGUUUACUUUUGAAUGUCAAGCGUGCAAAGCUAUUUUCCCAACUAGGAGGGCAUUGACGGAGCAUACGACGAAAUUACACACGCAAAAGAUCCAAUGCAAAGUCUGCGGGAAGUGUUUCGGGACGAAAUCUUUGCUGAAAAUGCACAUGAGAGGCCAUACAGGGGAGAGGAAUUUCUUCUGUGACAUUUGUCAAAAAGCAUAUAUGCACGAAAGGACUUUGCGACAACAUAUGCGUAUCCAUGGACCAAUGUGGAAGUUCACUUGUUCGGAAUGUGGAAACGGUUUUCAUAAUCGUAACGACUAUAAUAAACACAUGAAACAGUGGCAUCCACAGUGGCAAUUUAAGACUAUCGUUAAGAAUUUUGGAACUGAACUGAUGGGUUGA